AUGUUCUACAUAUUUUAUUCCUCCUCAAGAUAUUAAUUUUCUGAACAGUCUUAAUUAUAUAUCAAUCUAUAAAUUUUAUUAGAUUAAUAUCUUUAAUGGACCUAUUGCAUUUGUUUUUCUAAUUAGAGUACUCAGAUUUUGCUCCAUUACCAGCUGCUGAUGCUAAUGCAAAAUUUUCUUAAAAUGAUCAUUAUAUUUUAAGAUUAGCAUCUAUUAUGUUUUGUUUAUAGCUUCGUAAUUUAAUGGAGCACUCUAUCUUCAAGCAAGAAAACUAUUUUUUGGGCACCAGGUAUUGAAAAUAGCCGUUUAAGAAAUUUACUGUAUUACUACCCUCCAGAUGUUCAUUAAGGGCAUGUUAUUGCCAGACUCGGCGAAUCAAUAAAUUUGGAAUUUUUAUCAGCAUACGAAAUUAAUACUGCAAGGUUUUGGAUGUGGGAUAUUGAUGAUAGAAAACAGACAGACCUAGUAUUAACAGUAGCACCUGACAGGAUGACUGAAAUAGUCAUUUAUGAUGGUAAUGCCCAAGUUAAAAUAUUACCAAUUUAAAAUCUUCUUUAUGCUAAUACAUGUUGUAAAACACGAUUAAUUGGUUUCCGAAAUAUGCCAAUCAUCAAAAUAUAAGCCUUUUAUGCCUUUUGA